AUACACAGACGGUCGUGCGGGGGUGGGUUGGAGCUGGCAAGCGGCGGCUCGGUCGAUCAGGCACGCGCCUUCAUCCGCGAUGUCGGGCACCCGAUCGGCGACAGCGGCGGCCGCGGCUGCAGCCGCGGCGGCGUCCAACGACCGCGCCCCUCACCCGGCGGCUGCAGCGGGCGGCGGCCUGAAGCGGCUGCGGAGCGAGCCGGGCGGCAACCGGGUGACGGUGGUACUGGGCGCGCAAUGGGGGGACGAAGGCAAAGGCAAGGUGGUGGAUCUCCUAGCCACCGAGGCCGACGUCGUCUGCAGGUGCCAGGGUGGAAACAAUGCAGGUCACACAGUGGUUGUUGAUGGGAAAGAAUAUGAUUUUCACCUCUUUCCUAGUGGUAUAAUUAAUCCCAAGGCAAUUUCUCUUAUUGGUAAUGGAGUAGUUAUACACUUACCAGGCUUAUUUGAAGAAGCUGAAAAAAAUGAGAAAAAAGGUUUAAGAGAUUGGGAGAAAAGACUUAUUAUAUCAGACAGAGCGCACAUUGUGUUUGAUUUUCACCAGGCAGUUGACGGACUUCAAGAAGUGCAGCGGCAAGCACAAGAGGGGAAAAACAUUGGCACAACCAAGAAAGGAAUUGGACCAACCUAUUCUUCCAAAGCUGCACGGACGGGACUUAGGAUCUGUGAUCUUCUUUCAGAUUUUGAUGAAUUUUCUGCAAGAUUUAAGAAUCUGGCUCACCAGUACAAAUCAAUGUUUCCUUCUUUAGAAGUGGACAUAGAUGGGCAACUGAAAAAACUAAAGGGGUAUGCUGAAAAAAUAAGACCAAUGGUCCGAGAUGGUGUGUAUUUCAUGUAUGAAGCACUGCAUGGCCCUCCGAAGAAAAUUCUUGUGGAAGGGGCCAAUGCGGCACUACUUGACAUCGACUUUGGCACAUAUCCUUUUGUGACAUCGUCAAAUUGCACCGUGGGAGGUGUGUGCACUGGGCUUGGCAUUCCCCCUCAGUAUAUUGGAGAAGUCUAUGGUGUGGUGAAGGCCUACACAACACGAGUGGGAAUUGGAGCCUUUCCUACUGAACAGAUAAAUGAAAUUGGAAACCUCUUACAGUCCCGAGGCCAUGAGUGGGGAGUAACCACAGGCAGAAAAAGACGCUGUGGCUGGCUAGACCUGGUCAUUUUGCGAUAUGCUCAUAUGAUCAACGGAUUCACUGCUCUGGCAUUAACAAAACUGGAUAUUCUGGAUGUCCUUGAUGAAAUCAAAAUUGGUGUUGCUUACAAGCUGAAUGGCAAAAGAAUUCCAUAUUUUCCAGCUAACCAGGAAAUACUACAGAAAGUGGAGGUGGAAUACGAAACAAUGCCAGGAUGGAAAACUGACACAACAAAUGCCAGAAAAUGGGAGGACCUUCCACCGAAGGCACAAAAUUACAUUCGGUUUGUGGAAAACCAUGUUGGAGUGGCAGUUAAAUGGGUUGGAGUUGGAAAAUCAAGGGAAUCUAUGAUCCAGCUCUUCUAAAUGUACAUAGGACCUCAGCGCCAAGAAACACAGUUUAGUGUUCAUCUGUUCCUUUCUGUUCCUGAGCUUGGAUGAAGAUGCUGUUAAAAUCAAAAAGCUCUUCCUAGACUAUAAUUAGACGUAUCUUGUACUGUCAGUUUCAUAUAAAACGAAUCAGGAACUCAGAAUAAGAAUGUGAGAGAUUUGUGGAUGGGAAAUUUUAAGGUCACAUUUGAAAAGUGACAGAUACAUAUGGAAUUAUUCUUAAACACACUACCAGUACUGAAAUUUAUGCCAGAUUGUAAAAGACUGUAAACCGAAUAUUCAUGUUCCUAUGUCAGGGAGUGAGAAAGUGGCAGCAGAAAAUGUACUUACUGGCUUUCAAAAUUAGGCUGGUUAUAGUUCAGAACAUUUCUUUAAAAGCUAGUAGAACUAAGCCAUCCUUUUCAAGUCCAGCAGUUGAAGCAAAUGUACUUGUGGAAACUGAUUUGUGUAAGUAAAAGUUCUUUAAAUAUAAAAUAAGGAGAGGCAAAUGAGGUUAUGUCAUAGCAAGAGGAGGUAAGCCAGUCGCAAACAGCAUUAGUUGGGAGUGGGUCAAACUGGAGAUAGCUGAGUGACCUUGAGAUAAAGAACUUCCUUUCAGAUAUUUCCCAGUGGACACUCCACGUGAAGCUCUUCCAAGGUGCUGCUUGUUUGCCUUAGUGUGCAACAGGCAGGGAGAAAAACCACAGCAAAUUUUAAAAAUAUAGGGAGUUGCAACGGGAGAAAAAGUCACUUUUGCUGCUGUGGUGUCAUCUGUGCCUGUAUUUUGCUAAUCAGCACUAGGACCACAAUCGCUUGUGGCACUUUGGACGGUCCCUAAAGUACAGUACACUGAGCAGAUGUACCAAUCAGGCACCAGCCUUGAAGGGUGCUUCCAGAUGGAGGGCUCCUUUUGUUGCCAGUCAAAAGACAUUGUGCAGCUAUACCAUCUCUUCUUCCUUAACAUACUUUUUAAAAACCUGAUAAAAGACAGAAGUAGUGGUGGGAAAGUCGGAGAGGGCUACAAAAUGAAUUUGCUUGGAUUACCCAUAAAAUUCCAUGAAUGAAGCAGUGUGACUGCACAGUAAAAGCCUCAUCUGGAAGUGACCUUUAGCAGCACAGAUGCUGAAAAGCUAGGAAGUCUGAUGGGGAGAAGAAUAAGUUCCCCAGGAAUGAGCUGGCUGGCCGGUUCCUCGUUGUAGCCCCACCAACAUGCCAGGGAAUGCACAAUAACCCCCAACUUAAUUUUUUAAGAACUGUGAGCUAGUUCCCAGCCCUUUAAAUGGGGAGGAAGAUUGGGGAAUUUCUUGUCACUUCUGUAUAUUGUUUUGAGGAUGCAAGUUACCAACAUGCUGAUGUUUUGAUGUUGUAGUUUAUCUUGCUUUUAAGGCAGUACUUCAGAAAUAGAGGCCGUGUGUUUGUUUGUGAGAUGUAAAUUUAAGAACAGACUUCAUGUUUUUACAUUACUACUAAAUAUCCCAUGCAAGGCAAAAAUCACCAGUAUAUGAUUCAUGGGUUGUGCAUAUACCCAAACAUCUAACAUGGACUAUGAACUUCUACUGGGAUUCUGAGUGCCACAGGCAUUUUAGCUCCAGAGUGAACACACUAGUGGGUGCACCCGGACCACUCAUGGAGCGUGAGCUGCCCUUCCUCACAGAUACACUUGAGAAUCUCAGCUAGGGGGGAAAUCUUAGUAUAUGUGGAAGCUCCAUGGGCACAGUUGUGUGCAUGAGUCAGGGCUGUUUCUUUCAAACGUGGUAGUAUCUUUUUAAAGAUGGCAAGAAAUCUUCUUAGGCAUUUUACUUGCAAAUCUCUACAGCAGUAUGUUGAUCUAGAGCUUGCAUAGUAGUUAGAGGGCCGAGUUAAACACCAGGAAGUCCCUGGUUUGAAUUUUACCUCUGCCAUUAACUCACUUGGCAGCUUUGGACAAGCCUUAGUCCUUCCCCUCCUGUCUGCAAUAAGUGGAGAGGGGUCAUAAUAUUGACCUAUCUUACAAAGCUGCUGUAAGGAUUGUAGUUACAUAAUGCAAGGGAAGUGCUUUGAACACUUGAAAGCACAAUCAGGAUGCUAAGCAUUAUGAUCCUUGACAAUCUCAUCAUGACCAAAACAGUUAAAGUUAGAUAAACAAGAUCUCAAGAACAGCAGCUAAUGUGUAUUUAGUUUAGUUCCUCUCGAUUAUUCUUCUUUUGUGUACACGUUGGGUCUUUUUUAGCUGCAAUGCAGUACAAUUGUCUUAAACAGUGUGGGGGGAUGUAGGUUGAUUCUUCCUUAAUGGUAGAAACUCAAGCACAGAAAACUCUGCAUUUAACUUUUUCUUAAUUGUUACAUACAAUUCAAUGCAGAGGCAAGCAUGCUUAACUGCUGUAAAAGAAAUUGGGUGUUCUGGUGUAUUGGAUAGUGAUCACUUAAUUACUGGGCUCCACAGAAGCAUUUGCUCUAAGAUAAAUUUAUUUUUUUUCCUUCUGAGGGGCAGUCCUUUGUGCCUCGUCAGGGGCUGCUGUGAAAAUAGAAAUGCCCUGUGAUUAAGCAGAAGCAAAUCUUGCCCAUCUCUUGUUCUUGGCCAGUGCCUCUGCCUCAGCUUGCCAAGAAUAACAUGGCACAUGAUACUUGCUUUACCUACCUCAUAUAGUCAAAAGUAGGUUCUAGCUUGGUGCAUGCCAUGAUAAACAUGUUCGUCUAAGAUGCCGCAGGAUUCUUUGUAUUUCCUGCAAGACUGCUCCAGAAUACCUCCUGUUGGUUUUUAUGAGAAUCCUCUAAGUCUCCCUUUGACUUUUGAAAAGAUUUAACUGUUAUGUAGACCAGGUGAAGAACAUUACUCAGAUUCUAAUGUUUUGUAAAUCACUUCUAAAAGUACUGAUUAUGAGUGUGGAUCUGGGAAAGCUUCUGUCAAGCAGUGUGCCUUUCUGAAAGGCUCCAGUCCUGUCAGAAAUGGUUCAGGACCCUUCCCUUAACCUACAGUGCCUCAGUAUAUAUGCAUCUAAGGGAAGUUCACCAGCGUGGCCUUUACCCUGUAUUAACAAGACUGGCUCCACUGCAAAUCAGUUACUUGCUCACAAAGUUCUGUGGUUGUGUUCUGUGCCUCUUGAACAAAUCUAGCUUUAUAUUUGAAAUGCCAUUGCUGUCCUUAUUUUUUUUUUUUUUUUGCAUCGCCCAGAUGCAUUUGUCAAUAUAUUACUCAUUUGCUGCAUGCAGAGUAUAAUGAUGGUGGGGUGGGGGGCACCUCUCCAAAAGAAAUCCUUGUAUACAAGUUGUGGAAAUACAGCUGAAGGCAUUAAGUGUUCCCAUGCAAGACCCAUUCGAAUGAAUGGAUACUGCAUACGAACAUUUUGGUAGCUUUUGCUCCCUUCUACGGAACUCCUUAUCAGGCCUUUCAGUUUGCACAAAAUCACAGCUGACCUUUUGUUCCCGCAAAUUUAUUCUGUUUAACUGUUAUAAAUAGAGAACUUUAUUGAACUGAUGGUUUAUUUUAUUGGAAAUGUUUGUUCCCACAAAGUAAUAGCACUGAGUAAGUUUUAAAUAUUUAUUUAUUGAGGAAUUAUUUUACAGUCCACUGGAUGAUACACACCUUAAUCAGAAAUGUGUUUGAUGUGAACAACGCAUAUUACUCUCUUGAUGUUUCCUGUUAAACAUUAUAUUGAACCUUUACUUGGAAUUGGGUUAUAAUAAUUUAGAGUCACUUUGUUCAGUGUACAGGUUAACUGAAAUUUUAAUAGUCUGAAACAAAAUUCUGUAAUUGAAUUAAUGAGGGGAAUGGCAUGAAAAGACACUAAAACGUCUUAAGUCAUACAUCACAGCAAGUACAGUGAAAAGGUUUUACAUCUAACACAUUUAUGCUCUCUCCGUCACCCUGUUGCUGAUGUCAUUGGGUGUACACUGCUCAACAAAUGCACUACAAGUGUUCUCAAUCAUUUUUGUACAUUGGAAAUGGAGCUGUAGCCUUUUAUCUUGCAGCUCUUUCUUUUGCUUAAUAAAGUCUUACAAGAUAAAGGGG